AUGCAACUUUCUUCCCAGACUGAUCUGACCUGGAUAGGCAACAUGCACAACAGCACUGCUGAAAUUCCGCUUACAGCUGGAACAUGGAAUGAGACUUGGUCCACACAGUCACUGAGCUCCAAUUUUUCCCUGGGCGUGUUGGUGCUGCUGGCUUUCCUCAUGGUGUUGCUUGCUUUGGUCACCAUCCUCGGAAAUGCCCUGGUUAUCCUGGCUUUCAUCUUGGACAGAAACCUCAGGCAUCGGAGUAACUAUUACUUUCUCAAUCUUGCUAUUUCUGACUUUGCAGUAGGUGCAUUCUGUAUUCCUUUGUAUAUCCCUUAUGCCCUGACAGGGACAUGGCACUUGGGAAGAGGCCUGUGCAAGACCUGGCUAGUUAUGGACUAUCUCCUGUGCACAGCUUCAGUGUUUAACAUUGUUCUUAUCAGCUAUGACCGUUUCCUGUCAGUUACAAAAGCUGUAUCUUACAGAGCCCAGCAGGGAAUAACGUCCAACCCUGUCAUCAAGAUGGUGGCCAUCUGGGUCUUUGCCUUCCUCCUCUACUGCCCGGCCAUCCUCUUCUGGGAGCACGUGGCCGGGCACAGCGUGGUACCAGAGGACCAGUGCUUUGCCGAGUUCUUCAGCAACUGGCUCUUCCUCCUGUGUGCAUCCACCCUGGAGUUCUUCGUGCCGCUGCUCUUGGUGACCUACUUCAACGUGCACAUCUUCCACAACAUCCAGAGGCGCCAGCGGCACAGCAACAGACAGGACUGCGAGUGUCCUAGGACAAGUAGCCUGUCUUGGAGAUCCUGCCUCUUGCCAAGUCCAGGAGCAUCUUCUCCUCCAUCAGAAGCAGAGGAGAGUGUUUCUUCAUUAACGAGGUCAUGGAGACCAGCAGUGAUGGCUAACUGUCCAUCUCCAACACAAAACAGCUCCACAGCUCUCAAAAAGGACUUCUCUAGUUCUUUCUGCUUAAGGUCUGGGCCAAAACUGCAGCAGGACAAGAAAAUAGCAAGGUCACUUGCCAUAAUUGUGUGUAUAUUUGCCAUUUGCUGGGCCCCAUACACUUUACUAAUGAUCAUUCGUGGGGCCUGCCAAGGAGAGUGCAUCCAUAAUUCCCUGUAUGAAGUAACCUUUUGGCUUUUGUGGCUCAAUUCCUUUCUGAAUCCAUUUCUCUACCCUCUCUGCCAUAUGAGGUUUCGAAUGGCUUUCAUCAAAAUACUAUGUCCAAAAAAGUUUGUAACAUUGAGAUCACCUAAGACACCUUCUUUAUAG